AAUGCUAAUGAUCUCACAGAAAUUGGAGUGGCUACUGUGACGUAACUGUCCCAAUGCUGUAUUGGAGGCUGGAGGCUAAAGGAAAAGCAAAUGGAAAUUGUGAAAGACUUGUUUCCUGUUGCCGAGGUGCUAAAGUGCUUGCUACAAAAGUUUUGUGAGUUUGUAGCACAGUUAACUGCGUAGACAUCUGACUACUUUGACAGUUCCAAUGCUUUGAAUUUCAGCCACACUCCUAACAUCUGCCUGAUCUCCAAAAUGCAAGAUGUAGUGGAACACAGAAGUAAAAUGGUGAAAACGUCAUCUCUUUCGUUGCUUGUGUUCCUGUUGCUAAUCCAAUGCUUUUGCAAAAUAGCAAAGAGUACAGAAGAGGAAAUUAUUGCACUAGAUCCUGAAGAUAUCAAAGUUAAAAUUUCACCAGGAUUGGUGAAUAUUUCCUGGAAUUGCACCAUAAAAAAGGACAUGGUAUAUCGCAUUGAUAUUCACGAGAAUCCCCUUAUUGAUGAAGCAUUCAAUUUAAGAAAAUGCUUUCAUGAAAUUAAAGCUGAUUUUGAAUUGCAUAAAGGCGUAUCUAUAAAUAUUACACCAGACAAGUAUGGUGAACAGUUAAAUUGGAACGUAACAAAGUUCUUUCCAUCAGGAGAUAUGAACAUGUCUGCUGAAAACAUAUCAUGUACUGUGUACAAUGUUUUCUAUAUGAACUGCUCCUGGGAUGUUGGCAGAGAAGCACCAAAUGAUGUCAUCUAUAAUUUUAGCCUAACCCAAAAAAGCAAAAAGUUACUAUGUCCUCGAUAUGGAACAGAUUCACGUGGAAGAGCAAUCAAAUGUUUUUUAGAGGUAUCAAAUAUUGACACUACCAGCACAGUCUACAUAGCAGUAACAGGAACAAGUAAUGAAAAAGAGAUCAUGUUCACAGAUGCAUCCUUUAAACCUGUUGACAAAGAAAUUUUAAAUCCACCAAAAAACUUGACAGUAAAUAAAACUUUGGAAGGACUGGUAUGUACUUGGGAAAAACCAAGUGACACAUUUAAAAAACAUUGCUUUCAAUAUGAACUCCAAAUAAAUCAGGAGUCCCAUACUAUUGAAAACAAAAACACAUUUACAAUACCAACACACAGUCCAGAUGAAGUGUUAACAAUAAAAGUCAGAGCAAAAUAUUAUGAGCGUUGUGGUAAAAAUGGAUGGGGUGAAUGGACUGAACCUUUAACAUAUGGGAGAAAGGAAUCAUCAUGGCUUACCCACCUUAUUAUCAUACUACUUAUAUGCACUAUUGUAGUUACCUUUAUUUCCAUAGUGUUGUGUCUCAGGUUCCGACUAUUUAAAAGGAUAUUCCCCCCAGUACCACAACCAGUUAAUAAAUUAAAGGAGUUUGUUCAAAGUGAAGAAAAUGAUAAGCAGGCACGAAGAGUUUCGACCACUGAAAUACUUGCGAUGAAAGAAGACCCGGAUUGCAUUUGUACAUCAAUAACUGAAGUUAACAGUAAUGUUUAUAUUAAUACCUUUUAAUAAAAAGGAGGACCAAGUUAAUGAAGAAAUUAUUUAAAUGGGUGCUCAUAUUACAUUAUUUGUUAAGGUAUUUGUUUCACUAAAUGAUGAACUUUGAGUUGACAAACUAACUUGCAAUCUCUAGAACAAACUAGUUAACAGCACGCAGUUUAAAAUGUUUUCCAACUUGGCUGGUUCCCCAAUUUGCCUUAGUGUUGGAAUCUUUUUUCAGCUGUAUUUCGUAUUUUACAAUAAAAUAGCAGAAUUGGAAGCAUUCUCCAAGUCUCCUAUUUAAU